AUGAUUUACAAUUUCAACGCUAUUGAUGAUUCUUCAUCUGAAGAAGAAGAUCAGCAACAAGAUAUUGCCAUGACAGAGGAAGAUAAAAAACGUAAUGAAAUACAGAAACUUCAAAAGAUUCGCGAUGAAAAACGAAAACAACUUCUUCAAAUGAGCAAACAAGGAGAAAAUGAGGACAUAGAGCAUCAAAACAAAAUCAAAGAAUUAUCAAAAAACGCAUUAAAACUAUCUAAAACUGUUUCAGAACAAAAGAAAGCAGCAGAUGAGCUCGAAAAGAAGCUUGCUACCAUUCCUAUUGACCCAGAAGUGGAACAACAAAAGCCAUUGUCUGAACAACAAGCCCAAAAUGAAGCAAUUCGAAACUUAAGAUUGCAAAUUGAUUCAUUAAAAGUAGAAAUAUCUAAAUCUAAAAGAGCGUUAGCUUUAGAAGGUGGUAAUAAAAAUAGAGCCGUUCAAAUUAAGAAAUUACGACAACAAAUGGCUGAAAUUCAAAUUCCAGAAGAAGAUCCUAAUGCACUUCCUACAAAAUCAGCAGGAGCUCAAUUUGAUAUACCAGAAUUAAAGGCAGAUAUUGCCAAAUUAUCAGGAGAACAAUCAAGAUUAGAUCUUAAACUUAAAGGUUUAAGAGCAAGAGUUAAAAACUUGAAUCCUACAGAACUAAAAGCUCAGAUUAAAGAAAAGCUAAAGCAAUCACAGAGUUUUGAUGAAAGAAUCGACAAAUUAAAGCCAAAACCAGAUUCACCAGAUCAAAAGAAGCCGAAACAGUAUAAACUUCAUAUUACACAACAGUCAAGAUUAUCGGUAAUGAUACACGGCCUCCAUCACGAAUUAAUUGAGAGACAGAAGGAAAUUAACCACAAUAAAACUCCUCAAGGUGAAAUCGGUAUUACAAGGGAAAUCGAGCGCAUGCAGAAGAGAUUGCAUCUCCUCGAAUCUUCAAUGUCUUGCUGCAUUUAG